UUUCAAACUAACUUGUCGGGCUUUUAAAACUAAGUAAUAUAAACACAUCAGAAAAUCGUUUGGUGGUCCAAAUUUUGUAUGCAAGUCGUUUCCUUUGUGGAGCUGUGUUUAUAAACUCAUGUGUCUUUUGCAGAAUCACUAAUGGGCGGAGCAAAGAGGUUAUGAUGCAUGGGUAUCCUUGAUGUUUUGAAUGUUAUUUACAUUUAUGCUAUUCUUCUGUAACUGAAGUUUGACUUAAGAAGGAAAUUACUAGAAAGUUUCUGGCAAAAGUUAUCUUUGUUACGUGUGUUUAAUGUGUGAGACUGCUUUUGGUGCACCAACUAUCUUGUUUAAUAAUAUGUGUGAGACUGCUGUUGGUGCAUCAACCAUCUCUUUGUGUAGGUGGGUGACAAUUACAGCCUGCUUCUGCUUCUCUGCUUCUCUGCUUCUUUGCCUUUUGCAGCUUCGGGAAUUUGCAUGAUCAGGCGAAUCUAACUUCAGGUAUUUCUACUGUUAUCUGUUUGUGAUGGUGGAGAUCCAUAUGCUAUUUUUUAUCUAAGGAGAUGGAUUACUUUAAUCCAUUUUGGAUGAAUUGGCACUCCAUCUAACCAUGUAGAUCCGGAUGAUCAUGUUGAAGUCAGCCGCGACAUGUUGGGGAGCAGGGGAGGCGGUGAAGUUAGAGGAGAUACAGGUAAAGCCACCCAAAUCGUCUGAAGUUCGGGUUAAGAUGCUGUAUGCUAGUCUCAGCCACACAGACAUCUUAUAUUGCUCAGGCUUCCACUGCCUCUGUUUCCGAGAGUUCCAGGCCAUGAAGGCAUUGGUGAUCCACGUAGCUGGCAAGUGGACGCACGCUUUCAACCAAGAUUGAGUUCUGGUUCAGUCUUCCCUGCAAAAGAUGUUCGGACAGGAUGUCCGGACACACCCUCCGAUGGUUUUGUUAGCCAUGACUCAAGAGAUUAAGCUAUCAGGCUUUUUCAAGGAUAGUCAGUUUACUUUCUUUCUUGUGUGAAGGGCUUUUUAUAUAGUGUCAAAAGCUCUGCCUCCCUCUUUAAUGGUGGGAAGACUUUUUGGCUCGUCAUGAUGCCUCUAGGUGGUGGUAGGGCCAUCAUCACCCUACAGACGGCUGUCAGAGAUCGUGGGAGGCUACUUGCCAUCGCUCCUGUUCUUUCGCUCUGUAGGCGGCGGAACGUGGGCUGUGGCAGACUGUCGGAAUGACGUAACAAGGCUUGCUCACUUUAGUCAAUGAU